UAUUGAUCUGGAAUUUGAAAGCGGGUCACGGGUUGGCAUACCCGUUAUCAAUGUCUCUAUUGCGCUCCAACAACACGACAUUGCCGAUAUUAUUUAUUUUACGUGAUCAUUCACUGCUCCCGGUUCCUUAGCAACGCCCACUUGACGCACUGGUCAAUAGAUCUGCCUGUAAGGACGGUGAUCUCACGUUAACAGCAAACUCGCCUGUUUUGCACGCGUUGAAGGUCGUUCUGAUGUCCUUGUCACAGGCCAACAGUUGAAGUCUCGUUGUGAGGAUAGUAUGACGUCUAAAGAAAGGAUUGCCGGAUUUAUAGUUGGGGUUGGUUGUGCAGCCACGUUUCUUCUCAUCUACUCCCCGCUGCAGCAAGUCACAGAUAGGAAGGAUGGACCCAAUGAACAUAAUACGGUGUCUAACGUGGUGGUAAUGCCGAGCAUGCAAAGAAAAUCAGACUGGAAGUUGAAUGCAGAAAGAAACGUGGAUGGACCACUCAAGGAACUCCGUCAGCAGGGACAGAUUGUACUACCGGAGAAAGAUGCUAUAGCGAAAAUGACCGUCAGUCAAGCGUUCAAAACAUACCACAGUUACCUUGACAACGUAGAUACAAUGUGCUACCGGAAGUUGCGCAUGGGAAAACUGGGAGAUGGAGGCUGGGAGAUCUGUGACGAUGCCAACUACCGACCAGUAAAGCCAUGUAUCGUGUACUCGUUUGGAAUCAGCAACGAUUUUUCUUUUGACGAUGACACGGCCAAAAACUACGAGUGUAAUGUCUUUUCCUUUGAUCCAAGUAUGACCCAGGCAUCCUACCAGAGGUCACCGCGUGUCCGGUUUUUUAAAUCAGGCCUUGGCGGAAAAGACCAGAAGAGCAAUUCCUGGGAUUUACAGACAUUGACAACCAUCAAGAAAAUGUUGAACCACACCGGGAAAUAUAUUGAUGUUUUAAAGAUGGACAUCGAAAAUUCAGAAUGGCCCUCGCUACCCAACAUGGUGUCAUCCGGCGAACUGUCGAACGUCGGACAGUUUCUCGUGGAAUAUCACGGACCUUGUAGCAACUUGAAUGACUGCGUCAGCAAACUGAAAAUAUUGAAAGACGUCCAUGAUGCAGGAUUCAGGAAGUUUUAUGUUCACAAAAAUCAUAACUGUGGACUUACUAAUGCUUUAUUUCCAGUCAUAAGGACAUUUUGCUAUGAGAUUCAUUACGUUAAUAUCAAGCUUAAGUGAAGUCCAUGUUUAGUGAGUGAGUGAGUUUAGUCUUACACCGCUUGUAACAAUAUUCCAGCAAC